AUGUCUCUACCAGUUGCCGCCGAUAAUUUACGUGCCUCCUCUGCCUCAAUCGAAGCCGCCGACCACGACGAGCGUCACGGAACAGCUGCGGAGUCUGACGUAGAAAUCGACUCGGACGACGACGAUCCCACCGCCAAUCGUGCAGUGCGAUUCAGAGAUGCGUAUGGGCCCGGCGGGCCCACGAAAGAGUCUGCGGUGAAGCGGGCGACGACGAAAGCAGUCCAAGCCGGUGCGGCUGGACUGGAGAAAGCGAAGGAGCUUUACGCGUCUCCCAAGUUUGUCAGCGCCAGACAGGGGCAGAAAAAGGAACGUUCUGAGGCGUACAUGGAGGAACGUCUUGAGGCGGACAUGGAGGGUCCGAUCCGCGAUUAUCUGGCCGGUGUUGUGUCUUCGUUCUCCGAGUCAAAGAAACCCGAGGUUGCCGUCACUGCCAGAAAGACUUUCACUUCCGCCGACAAGAGUCACGUCACUCGACCCGACAUCAGCCUGGGCAAGCCCGGUCUCAAAAUCAAUGAGCAAGAGUGGAAAUGGUUGAACAAGCUGGCCACUGUGCAGCUCAAAUUCCACGAUCGGAUUCACGAGGACGACGGGACGCUGGGGACGAGUGAUAGUGCCCUGCAUGCGCUCGUCCAGCUCGCCAAGGAUGCACGGCAUCUCAUGAUGUCCUCCGACCGGUGCUUCGUCUUCGUCGUCGCGAUCUCAUUCGACACGGCGACACUGUUCCGCUUCGACACCGAGGGGUUCUUUACAAGCAAGCCUUUCAAUUGGCUCGAGAACCCGAGAUAUCUGCCCGAGUUCCUGUACCGGAUCUACCACCCCAGCGCGGGCCAUCCCCAAGCGACACUGGGCGAGGAGGAUACGAUCACGUUCACCGACAAGGCGACGAAGAGGCGGAUCUGGGCGGCGCUGGAGACCGAGGGCGACCACGUCGCUGCAUUCAAGGACGAGGAAACGGCGUUCGGGCGCAGCUUGUGUUUGACUGCCGCCGUCUUCGAAGAGGUGGAUGGCGAACGGGUGCUGGUCCCGGUCAAAUGCCACACGAUCGGCGAGCCGCUUUGGCACUCGCAUGGGCUGUUCGGGCGAGCCACGAAGGUGUUCCGCGUCAUGAUCGACAAGGAUCUCGAAGCAUACGAGCAGAGCUUGGGUGGCGACGAUCCGCUGCCGUGUCCGCAGCUCUACGCGCUGAAGGACUCCUGGAGGCAGGGCUGCCGUCGUCCCGAGGUCGAUUAUUACGAUCUGAUCGAGCUUUUCCGCAAGUCGGAGAAGGGCCAGGCUUUCAUCAAGCAACACAAGCUCGACGAGUCUGCUAUGGCGCGGUGCAUUGGGAGCCUCGAUCUCUCCGAUACGGUCAAAGACUUUCGGUUCAAGGAUGGAACGGGACCUGACUGGGACACUGCUCGACACAAGACCACGUCGGAUGCUGGAGACGGGCUCCACCGUUAUCAUACCCGGACGCUCCUGACGCCGGUGGGGACCCGGCUGGACCGAUUCACGAGCACGUGGGCUCUGGUCACGGCUGUUUACCAUGCGGCAUGCCAUUUGUUCAUUGCGUUCGAGGCCGGGGUGCUGCAUCGAGACGUUAGCGAGGGGAACAUCAUGUUUGCGGAAAUGAUUGGUCUCAAGACGCCUCGAGGAUUCCUUGUUGACUGGGACUACGCAGAGUUCACGGAAAAGGGGCUCGAGGCUUUCAAGAAGAACUUUGGAUCGCGACUGCACAGUGAUCAGUAUGAUUCUGUGGACAAGAGUUUGAAGCACUUCACGGGCACCUGGCCGUUUCUUGCCAUCGAAGUGAUGGCACACAGCCUCGGAGGGCGUAAAAAUUUCAAGCACGAGUCGCAUCACGAUCUCGAAAGUCUUUUCUGGCUUCUGUACUGGAUGGGGUUCGACACACCAAGCAUCAUCUGCCGGCUGGCGACAGGGCCUGCACGGAGCUAUUUGAUUCUCGGGCUCCUGAGACGAAGAUGGGCACGAUAGCAGGCACCGCGAAGUUCAGUCUGGACGAGAGAAAUGGCUUCCAUGCUAUUGUCAAUUUCAUACGCACGGAUGUACUCCAACAAUAUCCGCCCACCACUUCGGGAGCUGGACACAAGCACGUUUCGGUGAUGCUCCCCCGUUGAUGGAACACGAAGUCACGCUUAACGACUUCCGAGUUGCUCUGGAUCGAUUGACCUACGACUGGUCUGUGAACGACGGCGCCCUGGUAUACAAUCCUUCCGCCCUGCAUACGAAUGAACCGAAGCAGAAACAGCCAGUCUGUUUCAGGAAGUGGUCGUCGACAAUGCUUCUCAGCACCAGUCUAAAUUUGGGUCCAGAAGAGCGGAUCCUGGUCUCGACGGACGAAGUCGUCUUUGAAGCGGCGACGAGCUGAAGACGAGGAUGAUGGGGUCCAUCGGUCCUACAGACGCUGGGCCUUCUAGCCGAAAAAGAGGAAAUCGUCGGUGGAACCAGGGAGCCGGUACCGUUUUGAAAU